UCAGAGUUUAAUUCUGCAAGUUUCCCCUAGCUUUUGACUUACAAGAACUCUGCAAUUGGACAUUGGCUUUCACUUUGACUUUGGCAUGGUGUCAUUUGGCUCUUGCAGACUAGUGAUCUGCUCACAUUUAUUGUAAAUAAUGACUAGAAAUCUAACCUACAAACUAGACUGUUCAAAUUUCCUUCACUUUCCCCAACCUCCUUAAGACUUUUUGUCUUAUGGGAUUUGUUUGCAAUCUACUAGCUGAAGCUCUGAGGCAAGUUUGCCAGAUCUGGGGCUGCAUCAUCGUCCUGCACAUCUGGAAGUGGUUUAUGGGCUCUCAUUCCUUGUGCAGCGUCUGGACUCUGUGCUAUUCCUCAGCAGCAGAGAAAGAAAAGAAAACCAGCACAACUCCAAAAUAAACUUUGAAGAGUUUGAAAAAGGAACUGAAUCUUAAAACUGUUACAGUGCCCUGUAAGGCCCUUGCGUGGGGGACUUCAAAGGAGAAUGAUGGUCAAAGAAGCUUUGGCAAGAGUGUUUACAGCUGUGGGCUAUCUAGGAUCCAAGUAAAUAGCUCUGCAGCUCUUCAGGAGAGAGAAGUUCCGAAUACUGUGCUGCUUUGGAGAGGUCGCAGUUCUCAUCCAACAGGACACAUGGCUCUUUUAAAGAAAAUCAACCAGAUCUUACUGUUACUUCUUGUGUUAACUGUGUGUGCCAUUCUGUAUAACAAAGUUCACCAAGUGCCAUCUGCUUUAAAGAAUGAAACAGUUGAUUUGGAGAGUCCUGAGGAAAUGGAAGAAGAAAUCCCAGUCGUAAUCUGCGCUGCUGCGGGCAGAAUGGGUGCAGCUGUGGCAGCAAUCAGUAGCAUCUACAGCAACACAGAGGCUAAUGUUCUGUUCUACAUUGUUGGGCUGAAGACCACCCUCCCACAUAUCCACAAAUGGAUUGAAAAUUCUAAACUGAAAGAAAUAAAGUUUCAGGUUGUGGAAUUCAACCCUAUGGUACUAAAAGGAAAAAUCAGACAAGAUGCAUCACGUCCUGAGCUACUGCAGCCUCUGAACUUCGUCCGAUUUUAUCUUCCUUUGCUUAUCCAGAAACACGAGAAAGUAAUAUAUUUGGAUGAUGAUAUCAUUGUUCAAGGUGACAUCCAGGAACUCUAUGAUACCAAGUUAGCUCCUGGACAUGCUGCAGCUUUUUCGGAUGAUUGUGAUCUGCCCUCUACACAUGAAAUCGUUAGAAGUGUAGGGAUGCAGAACACGUACAUGGGAUUCCUGGACUACAGAAAACAAGCAAUUAGAGAUCUUGGCAUCAGCCCCAGCACCUGCUCCUUUAAUCCUGGAGUAAUUGUCGCCAACAUGACUGAAUGGAAACAUCAGCGGAUUACAAAGCAGUUGGAAAAGUGGAUGCAAAGAAAUGUAGAGGAAAACCUCUACAGCAGCACCCUUGGGGGAGGUGUGGCAACCUCUCCAAUGUUGAUUGUAUUUCAUGGCAAAUAUUCCACCAUUAACCCCAUGUGGCACAUAAGGCAUCUUGGUUGGAGUCCUGACACCCGUUACUCAGAGCAUUUUCUUCAAGAAGCUAAAUUACUUCAUUGGAAUGGGAGAUACAAACCUUGGGACUAUCCCAGUGUUCACACUGAUCUCUGGGAAAACUGGUUUAUUCCUGACCCAUCAGGGAAGUUUAAAUUAACUCGUCCUGACAGCUGAUACUGAAAACACUUAAAUGCAUCCAUACAGUCUGUUGUGCAGUAUGGAAUAGUUUGAGAUGCAGCAUGUUGUAUAAUUAACUGAUUUUAGAAAAUGAAUAAAUGACCAUCAGUUUUGUGUGCUUAGAGAUGGAGAGGGAGGCUGGAGUGAUAGUUGCACAGUUCAGACUAUCUUGAAUUUCAUGUGAGGUGAGGAACUGAGUUAACUUGACAAUUAAGUAUUCUCAUUAAAGAGGUGAAAUUUGGUGCCAGACUGUGUUUUAAUGGAAGGUCUUCAUAAACAAGACUCCAAUGUCUGCUGGUAGAAAAAUCUACGGAGGAAGUACUUGCAGUAUUACAUACUAGGUGUUUUCAGUUGUCUAGCCCACAUUUAAACUGCCUCAAAUGAAAAUUUAUGAAUAGAGUUCUGUUGCACAGCGACUGUUCUGCAGUGUUUCUGCGUAUGACUUACCCUGUAGUGCAUUUAGACCCCUGGGAGUGAGAUGCAAAAGCACAUUCUAAGACACUGCAAUACAAUUCCUGAUUUUAUUGUGAAACAUUGAUAGAUUUAAGACAGGUUAAGAACUUCUGUAUUACUGUAAUGAAAAGAGCACCAGUUCGGAGGGAGUACACACAGAAUUGCAAUAUUUAGUGAAACGGUCAUGUACGCUUUACAGUAUUUUAUACCUAGAUGCCCUAUAGGUGACUCCCUUAAAAAGAGACCUUUCUCUUCCAAUCACAUGGGAUAGCCUUGCAGUAGUUCCAUCCUACUGUGCUACAUACUCAGGAGUGCUAAUUACAUGCUUCUAGUUUUGCUGAAAAAUAAAAUUGAAUUGUAACAAA